CAGCUUUUCAAAUAGAUGUUAUGCGUAAUGAUUAGAAAAGCCCUACUUUUAAUAUUGCACAUGAACUGUUAUAGUUAGUGCCAUAAUGGGAGGUAAUAAAAACAAUAGAUUCAAUAAAACACUAAAGUGUAUUCAGCAAUAUUCAAAUCUUCAACAAAUGUUAAAGAAAGCAAUUACUGAAAAUAGGAUUUAACAAGAAAUUAAUGUAUUUCAUGUUCAUAACGGAAAAUGUGACAGCCACAUUUUAUACAAAGGCAUUAUGAACCUUUAAAGCAAUAAACUUGAUAACACAUAUUUCUUUAAUUUGACAGUUACGGGUACCAUUCUAAAAGAAAUGACAAUCGUGCUGGAAUAUGGUAUACAGUCUGUGCAGACACUUCAAAUUUAGUUUAUUCUUUCAAAGAAUUCGCCCUUGACUUCCACACACGCAGUCGAGAAAUCCAAGAGUUGAACGCUGCAGAAUAGUUUUCCCGUGGUAUGUGUCACAAAUUGACAUACGGGCCUUAUUUUAUCUGUAUUGUAAAUGCAGGUAUUGCAUCAUCUUUUUGUAAUUUUUUGAGUUAUUGAGGUAAAUGUCAGAUUUCACGCAAAAAAUACCUCUAAUGUUUUUCUGUAUUUCAUAACUUAAAUUUCCAUGUAAAUUUCAUUAAAUUCGGUUCAGUAAUAAGAAAGUUGAUAUUUUAUAAAUUUCAGUAAUUUAUGGUUUUUAUCCCCAAAACCACUAUAAUGGGCCUCAAAUUGUCAAUUUCAAUCCGCGCCAAAGUAGCUAGAUUCCCCGGCUAUAUCGUGAAUCCCGUGGAAAUACAAAUAGUUAAGAGUUUACGCAUAGGCCGUGAAUCCCAUGAAAUUUAGUAUUUGGCUGGACAUUACCCUUUAAAUAGACUGGACUAGAUAUGCCUUGCGCACACCACAUUCCGACAUUAUAGACGAAUCUAUGUCUGAAUUAUUUUCUUGCUAGAAAUUUAUGCUCGAUCGAGCUUCUUCGCCAGACGAUUUUACCUGGUGAUGUCAUAACCUGGAAGUACAAUGCCCGAGGUUCACUUGUCUUCACUCGCCUGGAUGUGAUUUUCCCAGCGCAGAGCUUUCGUCCCAUGGUUGUGCCGUAAACCGCAAAGACGCUGAUUUUUGUUAUCCUCUGAAGUCAGCUCAGGGAUGCAAUCACCUACCACCAUAGUGAGCCAAUACGGAAUCAACGUAUUCACGGUUUAAAGGGACUUUAUUUCAAGAUACGUUUUGAUAUUGUUUGUGCUACUUAAAGUUCGCAGUUAAAUUAAAGAACUGUGACACGUCACUUUAGAAUGGAACUGUAAGAUCUUUUGUAUCCAGAGAUACUGAACUUUGAUUUUUUGAUUUGUUUUGAUGGUUACUGUCGCCGGUACGGCCUUUCCUGCCACAGUAUGGUCUUUAGUAAAUGAAAAAUACCAUUCCAAAUGCUUUAUGCGAUAAAUAUUUGCGCCCAGCCAGCAUCUAUUUCAGCAUUGGAAAGAGAUAAACGCCACAAGGACUUAGAUCUGAAUAAGCGGGGUGAUUGAUUUGUACCGCUUUUUUAUCUCUCAGAAACUUUUGAAUGAUGCCACUUUGGUUAGCCGCAGCAUUGUCAUGGAUCAGCUCAAGACCACGAAGACUAGUCCUUCGUUGGAUUUUUUUUUUGUAUUUUCGUUUAACAGCUUUCAGCACUUUGUCUCUUAGAAUAAAACUUUCCAAUGACUGAUUUCCCUGAUGGUGUAGGACUUUGUACAACCGUAUCCCUUGAGUUAAAGAAGAUAAAAUACGAAACAUUUUUGACAUUUUCAGUUCUUUUUGUAAUUCCUGGUCUACGGUCACCUUUUUAAAGCCACUGUCUGUUGUGAUUGCGAGGCUAUGUCUCAUAAAAAUAUACCAAGGUCUUAUCUCCUGUUAGGAGCGAUCAUCUUAAUUUGAGAAUUUUUCAGCAUUUCUUUAUCACAUUUGAUCCUAUUGGCCUCGUGCUCUUCGGUUAACAUUUGAGGCACCCAUGGGCUCAAAUCUCUCUCAUUAACCAAAUGUUCUUGGUGAGAAUCUCAUGAGUUCUCACCCGUUGACAUGCAAAGAAGAGACGCCGUGCACCUGGCGUCUUCAUCAAUCUGACGUCUUACAGCAGCAAGGUUCUUUGACGUCACUGCUGUGUCUGGCCUGCCAAGAAGAGAAUUGUCAAUAGGGACUGCCUGGCCAUUUCUUACUGUAUGUAUCCACCUGAUAAUAUUUUCUCUGAUACUGCAGACUUCCCAUAUGAAGUAUACAGUUCACUGAGUAUCUGCCAACCCAUGGAGUUAUUUCUAAAGAAUAACGUACUUUAAUGUACGCUCUAAUUCGCUUUUCAAAGCUACAUGUAUUUUGCUUAGUGUAUAUGACUACACCUGUUACAAAUUUAGUGUAUCUCUGAAACGGUGCCAUCGUUUUCAAUACAACUUUGCAGGAUUAUAAAGGCGGCAUUCAUGUAUCAUCCAUGUGAAACAUGAGUUACUUGCUUGUCCAACUUCUACGGAAGCGCGCGAUUGUAAUUUUUUCUAGAAUGGCCCUGGUAUAUAUAUAAAGAAAAUCAAAUAAAAUCACAAUUAUUGAGUAUAAGUUACUAUAAGAUUUCUUUCCAAACUUUUUGUUUUCAAUACUUUUAAGUGUGAUGGAAAGCUUAAGUUACGUCAAUAAUGGUCUAAAAUUUAGUGGAGUGUUCUUAAAUCAAAAUUGUAUCCUCUAAAAUUAUUCAAUGUCUAUUUAUCAUUUGUGUUCUACAAAUAAAUUUCGGCGGCAAAGACAUGAAGUAAACAAGUAGUUCAGAUAAACGUCAUGCGUAAGUCUGAAUGGUUCUUCAACACCUCAAGUAAGUCACUGUGUCACGGUCGGACUUCUUUUAUUGCGAAGUAUUUAUUUUAAAAACAUUUUGGGACAGUUUGCAUUACAUUCUAAUUUUAAACGAUAAACAAUAAUUUGGAAAAUAAAUAGGCGUGUAUUGAAAUUGUCGUAAUCUUUAAAGAACGAAACUUUCUUCAAAUAUACUCAAAUAUUGACAUGCUCUUAUUGAUCAAAUGUUAUUGGAUGGUUGUAAUUUUCGAUAUCAUUAUCAUUAGCAUUUAAGUCUUCCUCUAUGUAAAGUUAAAGAAUGUGAAUCAAAUAUUACCUUGGAAUAUUUAGCCAAAUUAAUAUCUAACAGAAUGUAAAUAAUUUCGCGGUAAGAAGUUAACAGUCUUAAAGAUUGAAAGAAAAGCGAUGUUGUCGAAUUUCUAAAAUUCUAAAAAACAUUGUUUCUUUCUAGAAAUUAUGAUUAUCUGCUGAUUUCUUUGUUAAUAUUAUAUUUAAUAAAAUUUAAACAUUUAUUCAAGUGACGAAACGGUAUUAAGUUUUUUUCUGCUAGUUUUUUUUUUUUUUUUUUUUUUUUUUUUGGCUUACGAAAUGAAAGGGAAAUCGAGCGAGGCAUCUUUCAUCCAGACAGGCGCAAAUCUUUCGAAAGGUGUUUGUACCUUAGUGAGAUCGUGUGCUUCAGUCAAAUUGGCUUUCUAUUGUCCAGAUAACAUAUCAAGUACAUAAAAAGCAAUGAGGACCUUCUCGCACGUGCAUAAUGCAACCAUAAUACUGCAAGUGGUGAAAUUUGACAUUUUUAAAUAACAUCAAAAAACGUUUGAAAAAGAAGCCACUGAUUGACUGGUAAGGAUAUAUUACGCUCUGACAUUUUGUCAUAAAUUCUAUGUAUUUUUGUUUCAACUGCACAUGAACAAGGAUUGUGUGGAACACAUGAAACAUUUGUUUUUGCUAAAAUACUCCUUUGGCAGUAUAAUAAUAACAUAAUAAACAAAAUGGAUGUUAACCAAGGUGGACAAAGAAAUAAUGAUGAUGAGGACUAUCACACAAGGACCAGUCACGUGCAUAAUCAUGGUUCUAUGCACGAAUAUAAUGCCGUUAGAGAACAAGGGAAUGAGAUGCCGAUACAUGAACACAAUAUGAUGAGAAAAGAACAUAAAAUGGUUCACACGGAGCAUAUGCAAAUGCGAAAAACGGUUCAGGUCGGGAAGAAAAGGACUACUAUUCUUAGCGUUGGUUCUCCGCCAUCCUACGAUACUCCACCCGCUUCUGCGCAACAAAGUAUUGAUGUAUCGUCAUCAGUCACCACAGAAACGACAGACACCAGCCAGAUACCAACUUCUGCCACAUCAAACCAGACUUCCUCUAACAAGCCGGAUUAUAACGAACAAUCUAUUGAAGGACCAGCCACGCCCUCCACACACACGGAACCAGAAAAUGGUAACACACCAGUCACUGAAACAGAAACAUCGAGACCGUCUCUGACACGUUCUCCAUUUAGACCAGUCCGUCCGGUGCAGCCUUCUCCGCAAAUGAACCAAACUUUGACUUUGUUGAAUGUGCUUACAGAUCAAGUGCGAGACCUAUCAAAGGAAGUAAUUGAGAGUAAAAAGGGACAGGCCGCGUACAAUAAAAGAUUAACAGAUAUUGAAGCUACUCAGGCAGUGAUUAUGAGUAAACUUGAUAUUUUGAUUAAUCAAAAGCAACUCCAGUCUUCACCUGUAGAGGACUGUGCCUCGCAUGACACCGAGGAAGCUCCUGAUAUUGAUGACCAGUAUGUGUUAAGUGAGUCGCUGUUAAGAACUCUUAAGACAUGAAGCAAACAACGAGCAGCAUUUCGCGUGUUUACUCCUUCCGCAUGUAUUUCCAGAGCUGUUCAGUGUAGACAAAUUACGUGUAUUCUAUAACUGGAGUGGGAAUGCUCACGGGAAGCAAGAGUUGGAUCCAGCCAGAAAAGCUGUGGUUAAGAAAUAAACAAACCUUUACUAUCCAGAAACAAAAAAUCCUACAUGUUGGGUCCAGGUUGUUACACGUGUAAAUGAACGUCUAAGAAGAAAGGACAAACUACCGAAAGUUCAACGCCAAACUGAAAAUGAAGGAGCCCAAGAUUUCCAAACUCUUGAGAACAUUCGACCCCUGUCUGACUUGGGUGUCAGUUUCACCCGGUACUUGAACUCUGUGUGAAAUACAAUGCCUUUUUAAAAGAGAAAACUAUAACCAGCUCAUCAAAUGUUGCAUUUACCAACAGACUGUAGGUUAAGUAGUAAAAAAUCUUCGGCAUGUGUCACGCAAUUUGACAUUCUUACAUAAACUGAAGUAAUACAGUUUUAUGUUUUAGCAUGUUUACUGUGCAAGUAUUUUAUCAUGAUUAUUACAAGUGAAUGAAAGUAAUUAUAUACAUGAAAACGUUUUGAUUGUGUUCAGGAUUUAAUUUACAGCCGUGUCAUGUUGAUAAAUAUUGCAUGCAUAAGCAUGUAUAAACAGCAGCGUUUUAUGUAAAUAAAUGUGAAAUCACCAGAUAAUGCAGUUUUGUUAUAUCAAGUAAAUAUCACAUUAAAAUACUGUACUGUGUAUAUCAUCACUUAUCAAUUCCAAUCAUAUAUACAUAAUAAAUCUCAACUAUUCUUUAACGGCAGUUAUUUCGUAUGUGUCCAGUUUUAUACAAUUCUUGAAUUAAAUUACUUUUACAUGAAUUCAGUUCUAAUUCGAAUAGCAAAGUAAAACUAUUUCAACAUCAUACUUAUUUUCUUUGCUUUUGGUUUUAUGCCGUUUUUCAACAGUUUUUCAGUCAUGUAACGGCGGGCACUAAACCUAACCAGUGUUCCUAGAUUCUGUACCAGUACAAACCUGUUCUCCGCAAGUAAUUGCCAACUUCCCCACAUGAAUCAGAGGUGGAGGACGAAUGAUUUCAGGCACAAUGUCUUCUAUCAAAUCUACACGGAGAACAUACGCCCCUCCCGAGGAUCGAACUCACGUCCCCGCGAUCCAUAGACCAACGCUUUCUUUUAGAGCUAAGCGGGCGGGCCUCUACUUAACAUUUAAUAUUUUAGCUUCUGUUAUUUAAG